AUGGCUCAACGACCGCCUCCAGGUAAUCCUUCAAAUGAAAAUUCUUUACCUUUAUCAUCUAAAGCUACUAAAUUUGAAUCUUUAGAUAAUGCUGGGUUAUGUCCAGUUUCUCUAGUUUUGAUCCCUUUUGAUCUUUCCUCUCCUAAGGAUAACAACUCUAGUAAAGUUAAUAAUAUUCAGCCCACACUCUUCCAGAAAAUAAGUAAUGAUACUCCUUAUGUAGCAGAAGUCUCAUUUGACUCAGAAUUAAUAACACCUACCCUUCUCCCUACACUAAGUUCACCCAAAUCUUCAGAUAAUUUAAAACUUGAUAUUUCUUACCCCACUUUACCUAAACCCAGUGUUGAUAGCCAUUUUAGUACUUCACGAAAUCAUUUACCUAAAGAUAGUUUUCUUAGUUGCCCCUUAAAAUUUUUGAAUGAUGUGUCUAUUAAAAAUAUAGAACUGAAAAUCUUACCCAAUAACAUUAUUAAUAGUAAUUCCUACUUCCAUAUUAAAAAACAAAAUAAUAUUUUAAAUUGUGCACUUCCUGAAAUUCCGUCUGAUGAUAGUUUUUCCUUAAUCAACAAUAAUAUAUUUAAUAGUCCUAAAAAUGAGUCCCAAAAUUUUUAUUCCAUAAAUACUUUCCAGGUAGCCAGAAGAAAUAGAUUAGUGUCCCCUUUUAUAAGUGUUCCUAAAGGUGUCCCUCCUAGGAAUAGAAUUAAAGAAUAUAAGUUUAACGAAAAUGAUUCUGACGCUGAUGAAACUAUUGAUGAAACGAGAAGACAAAUGAAAAUAGAUAAAGAAAAAAAUAGACCUACUAUAGCCGAAUGUUUUUAUGAUAUUGCCGGAAAUGCUGAAGAAUGUAUAAAGAAAAAUACUUAUCACCUAGGAAGUCUGAAAGAAGAACAAUCCAAGGCUCUUCAAAAUUUUCUUGAACAGAAAUCGACUUUGUUUGCCUGGGAAGGUGAAAUGUUAGGUCGAACUAAUCUUAUAAAAUAUUAUAUUAAUACUGAAGACCAACAAAAGGCAUUUGAAAAUUUAAAAAAAAGGUUAACUUUGGCCCCUAUCCUUGCUUACCCAGACUUUUCAAAGACGUUCAUGUUGUUUACUGAUGUGUCUGAUAUAGUCUUGGGAGCUAUAUUGUUUCAAAAAGACAAUUUAGAACGGAAACAAGUUAUCUCCUAUGCCAGCCGAAGUCUUAUCCUGGCUGAAAAAAACUACCCAGUGACGGAAAAAGAAUGCCUCACUAUUGUAUAG